AUGUUAUCAGUUAAAAUUAUCGGUGCACCAAAAUCACUUUGGUGUAUUACUAAAAACAAUAAAUCUAUUUUCAAAGUCACCGCUGGAGUAGACAAUGAUAUUUACGACCUUAAAAAAAUUAUUUCAGAAGAGCUUCUUAAUGUAAAAGCCACAGAACUUGUGCUUUUGAAUAUUUCUCUUGAUGAAAGUUUGGACGAUGAAUUAGAAAACGAAUCAGAAAAUGUUAGAAAUGCUUUUACUGAUGUUUCAGGAAGCAAAAUUCGAAUUAUAGUUGGAUCAUCAGUUAACGUCGAGUCUUCUAUAAAUAAACGCCGAAAGAAGUGGAAUACUUACAUUGCCUCCGACGGCUACUCCGUGGAACUGCCACCUCAAAUUACUGAUCUCCUUUGCAGCGAUGAAUACGUACCCGAAGCACGUGCCAAGUUCGCAAACACCUUACGAGACCUUAAAGCUGGUGAUUUAAUUGAAAUGCCAAACCUUGGUCAGACGCCAAAAUACUUUGCACAAGGCUACCUGGGAAAGAAAUUUCUCGUUAUAAAUCAGAUGAUUGAAUUAUGGGAAACAUUCUCAAAAGAUCAACAACAUUCAAUAAAACGUGUUUUAUCAUAUCAGGUCCAAAGGGAGUGGGGAAAUCACCUUUUAACUGCCGCUGAACUCGGAAAACUGGUAGAGGCAAUUAGAACAGAUGAUUUUGCAGUGCCUUUUGUCGAAGCCAUCUGGAACAUGCUCCAGCAGAAAUAUCGUAAAACCCUUUUUUUAGCCGAUGAACAUGGCGUAUUAUUUAGUAAUGAACCUGUACCUGCUCGGCUUCAUAUCUUGAAACCCAUGAUGAGACUUACAUACUGGAGUGAACAUAGUCUAGGAGCUCGCGUGGUCUUAACUGGUAUAGCGCACGCGAAGUUUGAGAAAAAAUACCUGAUAAAUGGUAUAUAUGAAUGGAUUGAAUUUGUCGGUCCGUUACCAGAAGAUAUUUUUGAUAGUCUGCUGAUACUUCACCCCUUCCUGGGACAUGAAAAAAUUGUGUCGAAGGUGAAGGAAGUUACUAAUUGCAUUCCGCGCGUGCUCAUAUAUCUAGAUAAACAUGUAAAGAGCUUAAACAGCAACUAUAUUCCCGAUGGCAAAUUAUCGCAAAAACCUUCAAUUAUGUUUCUAAAAUUAUCAUACAUUGAAAGUAGUGUAAGCUUCGACUGGGAAGUUCUUGGACACUGGACUAAUUUGUACCGGACUUUCCCAUUACCCAGAGAUGUGAGUGUACCGUCUCUUAAAGAUGGACAACUAUGUUGCGACAAUUUCGAGGAAAUACUUUUCCAGCAGAUGUUAAACCAUCGUAAUGUACUAUUCAAGGCGGCAAACCUGGCCGAAAACCCAACUACAGAUGUACAUAUUCAAUUCGAACAUUUCAUUGCUCUUGAAAAAGACCAGCUCGCACCAGGUCCACAGCAUGCCACGUCUUUAGUUCUCGGUUUCGCACGUUAUCCGCGGUUCGAUUUCAUGAUUGGACACACAUUCAUCCAAGUGUCUGUUAAUCCUUUAGAACAGCAUAAUAAAGAAUCUGCAAGUAUCUCCAAAGCCUUUGAACGCUACUACAAAUAUGGCAAUGGUACGAGAAAUCAAAUAAAAAUAUAUCUGGAUGUAAUGUUUGGUGGUCGACACACGGCGAAAAUUGAAAAAGGCCGAUUUGAAAUUCAUAAAAAUGGUAUUCCCGUACCAGACUUCCGUAUUGUUUACAUGCAAGGAAGCCCUGGCACUCCUAAGCACACUAAAUUGAUUAAGAAGUAUUGGGAUUUAGCAUUUAUUAACUACGAAGAAAUCAAGAAUAAAUUAUUUGGUGAUUUCUUGAGAAAUUGA